AAGUGGCUUGAGUUCACGUGGGCAAAUAAGUGGUUGAGUUCAGGUGGGCAGCAUACGCUCUUACAUACUAAUUUGAACUAAAAACACCGCCAUACAUGAUAACAGCCCCAACGGAAGCUUUGUUUAAAAUUUUAGUACCCCUCCUUCUUCCCCAUCCCUCCUCUCUCUAUCCAUUCCUUCCUAUACUCACCUGGUUUCCCGACAAGGACCGAUAAGAUUUUCACCUAUAUAGAUUCCCCUGGGGCCUGGUGGCCUCUCAUCAAACGUGCUAUAGUGCUACUGGUGUGAGCAACUAUGCAUUGUCGACCUUGGUGCAUGCUGCUUGGCACUUAGAUAUUUCAAUUUCCAGGAGGGAAGAUCCCUCACAAGGAUUUGAUCAGUGGCCUUGUUCCUUGGUCCAUUUCCAGAUCAGAUGCUGCGAAUGAAGUACGCCCAUCCAUUGUUGUAUACAGAGGAUAAAAAUGGCAUAUUGGAGUCGUGGACGUGACCAGUGAACGCACGCUGAGCUCGGUAGCCGUGAUUUUAGCAACCCGUUUUUGGUUGCUUAAAUGCUUGUUUAUUUUACACGAUUCCCAUUGUUGUCCUUAUCCUAUGGAUCCUUGCGUGGGUUCUCUUCAUCUGUGCCUGCAUUUGCAUGUCUGUUGUUCGAUGGAAUUCCUCAAAAAGGUGCGUCUCCAUCGUUUGCCUUUUUUCCUGAAAGAAAUUCUGGGUUCUAUAACCAGUCUUUAGUUAGCAGUUCCACUAAGCAUGGGCAUGACCAGGAAGCGGGUUACUCUGUCGUAAGAGAGCUCGCUAGCCUUGGUCGUGUCCAUGAGUCGUUGAGGUUGUUUUGCCGCUUGAAUAGCUUCGGACUGAAAUCCACAAAAUUCACCCUAUGCAGUGUUCUUAGUUCUUGUGCAAAAUCGUUAGAUUGGCUUUUGGGUUUACAAGUUCAUGCCCGAAUAAUUCAAAUAGGAUUUGAAGAUAAUCUCUUUUUAAAUAGUGCUCUUGUUGAUUUGUAUGCCAAGUGUGGGACAAUUGUUGAUGCAAGAAAGAUUUUUGAUGGCAUGAAAAGUAAAGAUCAAGUAGCCUGGACCUCUAUCUUAUCUGGACUCUCCCAAAAUGGGGAUGGAAGGGAGGCUUUGGUGUUGUUCAAAGAUAUGUUCUGGACAGAUGUUAGACCCAACUGCUUCACUUUUGCGAGUAUAAUUAGUGCUUGCACGGGCUUAGAAAAGGAUCUCCUGCUACUUAUGUUGUUCCAUGCUCAUGUUAUCAAAUUUGGGGUUGAGGGAAAUAGCUUUGUGACCAGCUCUCUUAUUGAUUGUUAUUCCAAGUGUGGCAGGAUCACUCAAGCUGUAUCAUUGUUUAGUGCAACUAGGGAAAGAGAUAUUAUUAUUCUUAACUCCAUGAUUACUGGAUACUCUGACAACUUACUUGGGGAAGAGGCAUUAAGGCUUUUUGUGGAAAUGCUAAAUGAUGGAUUCAAAGCAACCAAUUACACCUUUGUUAGUGUUUUAAAUGCUUGUGGGAGUCUUACAGUUCUUCAACAGGGAAGGCAAAUGCAUUCUCUGGUAAUGAAGAUUGGUUCAGACCAAAACGUGUUUGUGUCCGGCUCUUUGAUAGAUAUGUAUGCUAAGUGUGGCAGUAUUAAUGAUGCCCGUUGCAUCUUUGAUGAGACAAUUGACAGGAAUAACAUCUUGUGGACCUCGAUGAUCACAGGGUAUGCUCAAAGUGGAAGAGGAGCUGAUGCAUUGGAGCUGUUUGAAUGCUUGCUGAUGGAAAAAGGUGUGAAACUUGACCAGAUUUGCUUUACUGCUGUAUUGACUGCUUGCAACCAUGCGGGCUUCCUCGAUAGAGGGAUAAAAUACUUCAACAAAAUGAGAGAGUAUGGACUGGUUCCUGAACUAGACCAAUACGCAUGCAUGGUUGACCUCUAUGGGAGGAAUGGGCUUCUAAGAGAGGCAAAAGAGUUGAUAAGGGAAAUGCCUUUUGAGCCUAAUGCUGUAAUAUGGAGCUCCUUAUUGGGUUCUUGUAGACUUUAUGGUGAUGUACAUCUAGGUAGGGAGGCUGCAAACCAGCUUCUGAAGAUGGAUCCAUAUGAUGCAGCUUCCUAUGUUGCACUGGGAAAUAUUUAUGCAGAAGCAGGUAUGUGGGGUGAAGCAUCUGAGGUUAGGAAAAUGAUGAUACGAAAGGGGGUGAGGAAGAAUGCUGGUUGGAGUUGGGUGGAGGUAGAUAAAAGGGUACAUGUGCUCAGAGUGGGAGAUACAUCCCACCCCCAAUCGCAGGAAAUCUAUAUGGAACUGGAUAAACUGACCUUAGAAAUGAAGGAUGCUGGCUAUAUGCCUAUAUUUUGAUGGAUUUUUCAAUUAAAAAUUGUAACGAGUAUUAAACUAAUAUGCAUUAAGAAUGAAGUGAUGCCUUCUGAAUACCAAGAAGCAUGAAGAUUUGUUGCGUGUGGCUCUACUGUGAUAGCUGAAACUCAGUAAAACAUGAGCUGUGAACUUCUCUUUCAGGACUUUAUUGCUGGACUUGGAUUCCUUACAGCUUCAAAAUUGCUUCAGAUAUGUGGGGAAGAUCAUGAUGUUAUCUUUUGGUUCGUUUGUAUCUGGUGGUCUAACAAUCAAGGGCAUCGUUAAAUUUUAAAGGAAGAUGUGCAUCAGUACAAGAGUUUGAUUGGCAAGCUGAUUUAUCUUACUGUAUCACGUCCUGACAUCUCCUAUGCUGUUGGAGUCCUCAGUCAGUUCAUGCAGUCUCCUCAGAAAGCACAUUGGGAUGCUGAUGUCCGUGUUCUUCGUUAUCUAAAGGGUGCUCCUGGAAAAGGGCUGACCUAUCGUCAUAAUCAGCAUAUGGAACUAGUUGGCUAUUCUGAUGCUGAUUAGGCCGGCUCUGCUAAUGAUCGGAGAUCUACUACUGGUUGUUAUACAUUUGUUGGAGGUAAUCUGGUUACAUGGCGUAGCAAGAAGCAGACUACCAUUGCCUGAUCUAGUGCAGAAGCAGAAUACAGAGCUAUGGCUCAUACCGCUGCUGAGUUAAUGUGGCUACGGUCUUUACUCUUGGAGUUGGGAUUUCCAGUGACCAAGCCUAUGCAGAUGUAUUGUGACAAUCGAGCUGCGGUGUACAUUGCUAGUAAUCUAGUCUUCCAUGAGAGGACCAAGCACAUAGAGGUGUACUGCCACUUUGUUCGUGAUGCUGUUCUGAAGAAGCUGAUUAAGACUCCUUUUGUUCCUUCAUCAGAUCAGUUGGCUGAUAUGUUCACUAAGUCACUGUUUGCUCAUAAUUUUCGUAAUGGUUGUACCAAGCUGAGCAUGGGUGAUGUGUAUGCUCCAGCUUGAGGGGGAGUGUUGAGUUUAAACUCUAAAACCGAUGGGGCCGAUAGGGGUAUUUUGGGUCCCAUCGGCUCCCAUAUUUCUGUGAUGUGGCUUUGCUUGUAAUUGGGCAAUGGGGGUACUUUUAUCUUUUACUUUCAGCAUUAUUUUAAUAUAAGUAAAGGACUAAAACCUGCGAUCAACCCAUUCUGGACUGAUCGCAGGUCUCUCCUCUCUUUUGGGAGUA